CCACAAGGAAAGGCUGUUGAUGAAAAGAAAUGCAUCUACCAUUUGUUCUCCUGGUCGUAGACAGGUUCCUUCCAUUGCAAAGAAUGUGAUGGCGGAGAGAAUACGAAAUAAAUAUUCUAAUGCAAGUAAGUUUGGUCUUACUAAUGAUGGAAAAAACUCUACAUCAAACAUCAAAGCUCAGGUAACUUUACCUGAAGACAGUAAAAACGCGAACUGUAGCAGAGCUUCUACGUGUGAUAAAGGAACAACGAAGGACAUUCAGAAACGCGUUGGCAGUGCUGCAUUAAACUCAUUGCAAUUGAACUAUGGGGAUAUCUGUGAUAGCAGCGACGGUGGAUCACAAAAUGAAUAUUACCCUUCACUUGAUAGCCGCGAUGAAGACAGAAGGCGUUCUAAAAAGCCCGCCAGUCCAACAGGGGAAGAAGUUAAUGAAAUUAUCUCGGAAAGGGAUCAAGGGAUCAUUCAUAAUGACGAUGUUAGAUCAAAAUCCGAAGCAUUUCGACGGCAGUGCGGAGUUCGGCCUGAUUCGGUUGAACAAGCUGAUAAAAAACACGUUGUUGUGGUAAAACAGGGUGACCCUUCAUCAGUGUCAUCGAACAUUAGAUCUGAUCAUGAUCCAGGUGAAGUGAAACAUGUGAGAAAUGAACUCACUUUCAUUGAAAUCACUGACUCCGAUAAGGAUGUUGCUAACGCGGUGUUAUUUAAAAACGUCCCGUCCCUGUAUGCUGGAAAUGCCAUGCUUUCCGAUGACGUUGUGCUCGAUUUGGUGCAAAAACACCACGGUGCUCGCGCCAUUAAAACCGUGGUUAAAAGUGAUGAGAAGUUAAAGCAAAACGAUAUUUUGGAAGUUAAGUCAGAGAAGGACGUACAUUCUAUUAGGAUAUCAAGCGACAAAGAGAUAAAUCCGGACGCUACUUCAAAAGAUAAAGAGAUAAAUGCUACUAAGAUUUCAAAAGAUACGAAGAUCUAUCCGUCUGUUAUUUUAAGAGAUAAAGCGAUUCAUUCGUCUGAGAUUUUGGAAGAUAAAGAGAUAAGUCCCGAUGCUUUUUCAGAGGAUAAAGAGAAAAGGUUCGCGGUGAUUUCAAACGAUAAGGAGACUAGUUUAACCGAAAUUUCCGAAGAUGAGACGAAGUUUGACGACCAACCAAAUUCUCGCGCUGUUGAAACCUCAAUGUGGCCGACGUGGAAAGUCCAGUCGGUGAUUUAGUGAUAGAUAUGGAAAGUGAUGAUGAACCAAGUUCAGCUUCACGCCGACGACUUCGCAAAAGACCGCGGUGCCUGAGUUUAUCAAGCGAAUCGAGCUCGGAGGAAAACAACACCUUAUCAUUUGACUUCAUUCAAAAUCAUGGUAAGAAGUUUAGAAAUGGCAAAUUUAAUCAUGAAAAGGGCUUUGAAGUCGAAAAUGGCAACGAAAAUAUUGCAGGUAAGAUGCAAAGCACAACGAGUAAAAUUCCAGUGGAAAAUAUCCUUGAACUGAAAAACAUGGAAGAAGAACCAUUACAAGAUGAUGCUGAGACAUUUCGGAAAGAUUCGUUCGGUAUUUGUUCAUGGAAUGAGACGCAUGUUGGUGAGCACAAGAAGAACACGAAAUCGAGGAAGCGGAAAAAAAAGCGCCAAAAAAGUGACCGAAAGUCCAAAACUUAUAAGGGAAGGAUCACGAGGUCCAGGUCAAGCCAUGAAAGAGGGUCGUCUGACUCGCUUCGUUUCAACCACCAACGUUCUAAAGCGUUAAUUGACAAGAGACAAGAUCGGAGUGGUACACAUUCGAGAAAUGGUAGAGGAAAUACUUCAUUUAGACGUCAACGAGAAUUUGCUCAAUCCACGAGCAACUGCAAGAAGUCGCUAAGGGAUUGCGAGCGUAAUAACAGUAGAAGAGAAAACCAUUCUGUUUUAAACCAGUCAUUUCCUGGAAGAUAUCAUCAUAAACACAACCGUGAAGAUAGGAUGGGUAGCACGGUUCGAACCCGAUCAAAAUCUCUUUGUGAAGAGAUCUAUGAAAGACGACCCGGGGAAGAAACAUCACGCAAAGCAAAAUGCUCCGAAGGACAACAGGAUGAGGCUGUUGUCAUUAUGAAAGACGAGACGCGUAGUUUGCUGUCGAUGGUUGAUGGAACCUUAGACGUAACAGUCGCUCAAAAGGAGUUGUCUGAAAAGCAGAAAAAGAGUCGAUCUCGAGAAAAAAAGAAAAAGAAGAAGACGACAUCGGAAUUGUUGAUCAAAAGGAAAAAACAGGACAGAACACAACAGCACCAGCAUCAAUACCAACAGCAGAAAUCACAGCAAAUCCAACAAGAACCUGCCUCCUGCACCUUCUACAAGGAAGGAAAAUGCGCCAGAGGUGGGACGUGUCUCUAUAGACACGAAAAAAUCAAAGAGUUGUGCCCUUAUCAUUCGACAAGAGUAUGUAUGAAAAAUGAAGACGGAAUGUGCCCGAGAAUGCAUGAGGAGUUCCCCUGUAUGUUCCACCAUCAAAGCAAAUUUUGUGCAAAUGGCAACAACUGCAGAUUCUCGCACGCUCCUCUUACGAAAGAAACACGAGAAAUUUUGGAUCAGUAUAUUUCAAACAUGAAAGAAAGACAGAAAGCUGCAAGUAAUCCAGCACCUAUGCCAGCGUUCAGUCAAUCCCAACAUUAUACCCCAAUACCCCUUGGAAAGCCGCCAGGUCCUCCCGCGCUUCCUAAUCAUAUGAUGGACAACAUGAGAACGGUACAGUCUGAACUGAGUCAGCGGUCAUUGCCAGUUGCGAUACCGUCGCCUGCCUUGCCCCCAGGACUACCAGAGACGCCUGAUGUAAAAGAAUGUUUUAUACCAAGAAUGUUUAUGGAACGUUAAAGAAUUCGAUGCUAUCCACUACUAUAAAACUUAUAUUUUGAACAAUAAAUCAUUCACACAACCACAAA